AGCGCACAUAGACAGGCCAUCCGUCAUUCUUUCCCAUUUCUUUCAUCCCCCUCUCUGCACAGCUUCUCUGCGGAUCCUGCCCUCUCUCUUCCUCUGCGUCUCUCUAAGAACUUGGAAAGAUGGGGCUCUCAUUCACCAAGCUUUUUAGCCGUCUGUUUGCCAAGAAAGAAAUGAGAAUUCUCAUGGUGGGUCUUGAUGCUGCUGGUAAGACCACCAUCUUGUACAAGCUCAAGCUCGGAGAGAUUGUCACCACUAUUCCAACAAUUGGGUUUAAUGUGGAGACUGUGGAAUACAAGAACAUAAGCUUCACUGUCUGGGAUGUUGGUGGCCAGGACAAGAUUCGACCUUUGUGGAGACAUUAUUUCCAAAACACUCAAGGGCUCAUCUUUGUGGUUGAUAGCAAUGAUCGUGACCGUGUUGUUGAAGCUAGGGAUGAGUUGCAUAGGAUGUUGAACGAGGAUGAAUUGAGGGAUGCUGUGCUACUUGUUUUUGCAAACAAGCAAGAUCUUCCAAAUGCUAUGAAUGCUGCUGAAAUCACAGAUAAGCUUGGUCUUCAUUCUCUUCGUCAACGCCACUGGUAUAUCCAGAGCACUUGUGCCACUUCUGGUGAAGGUCUUUACGAAGGGCUUGACUGGCUUUCCAACAACAUUGCUAGCAAGGCUUAAGAAAUGGGUUGAUCAUGCAACUUUUUGGAUCGCACUUACCUUGGGAAUCUUGCGAGGUCCGGUGUUUGCACUUACUUUGGGAAUCUUGCUAGUAGGUUUGGUGUUGCCGAUUUCAUAUCCUGUAAUCAGCAAGAGAAUGCAUCUUUGGCUGUGUAAGAUAUUAUUACUGUAAUAGAAAUUGACUAAUUAUCCCUAUAGUUUUGAAAUAAUUCAUGAUUCACAGCUUUAACAUGAUGUAUCUUGAUACAAGUUUGUUGCUAGUGGAGCUCUGCGAGAUUAAUGUGUCUUUCA